AUGUCUUUUCGAGACGAACCUCAGUUAGAUUUUGAGAUUUUAAAACAGCCUACAAAUCCUGAUUUCGUCAAAUAUCUUAAGACAUCGCAUUUGAAAGUAAAACAACAAGAUUUGCCGAAAUAUUAUAACAUUUUAGUAUCACAUUUCUCGACACAUCUCCAUACGAAAACAGGAAAUGAAAUAUUAUUGACAAUCUGCAAAUCAUUAAACGACAUUGAUAGCAUAAAUAUCUUUGCACAAGAAAAAUUAAUCGAGCAGUUACCAUUCAAUCAACCAGAAUUCCGAACACAAUUAAUGGAUCUGCUUUAUAUACUAUCUAAGAACGUCCCUGAUAUAUUUACUGCGGAAAUUGCUUCAAAAAUUAUGGUUCUGGUUGAUUCAGAACCACAUAAAUGCCUACUUAUUAUAGCAUACUUCGCACAACAGUUUGAAAACGUAAGGGAACCGUUUCCUAUGGUAGAUAUCCUCUUCAGGAAAGCUGAUUCCUUUAAAUCAAUUGAAUGCGCAGACGAUUACGUUUCUUUGUUAGUUUGGAUGUUACGAACAUAUCCUCUCUUCAAAGAGCAACGUAUUAAGCACUGUUGGACUUAUGUAUGCGAUAUGCUAACAUUAAGUAACGUUGCGAUCCUUAAUACUUGCUAUUAUGGGCUUUGUGCUAUUGCUGAAGUCGAUGGCGAAGCAAUUAAGGACGUAGGUUAUCCAUAUUCCGCAAUUUCAGCUCAUAUCAGGAGGCGGCCAAUCCAAGCUGCUGCUUUAUCUCUUUUAAUGAGAUACCCACCACAAGCAGAUACUCAUCACAUGGCAAACAUUUUACUUGCUUUGCUUGAUGUUGCUCAAGAAGAAGAAAAAGCCGCAUAUCUUCUCAUGGGCUUGCUGAUGGAUGGCACUAACGCGUAUAUACUUCUUCAAAAUCAUCAAUGGAUGACAAAGAGUUUACCAAAAACCCUUCAUACAAUGAGAUUAUUCAUUAUUAUCAUGUUACACCCAGAACUUAGAGAGCUUAUCGUACAGACACCACAGACAAUCGACUUCUUCCGCAGCUUACUAUCCGAGAAUAGCCUCGGAAUGUGCAACGCAAUUUGUACAAUGCUUAGAAGGCUUCCUCUCACCCCGGAUUUCGUUGUUCAGUUAAGCGAAAGCGGUUUUCUCGGUUCAUAUUUUGCAUCUGUACUGGAAAAUGAGAACAAUGACGCGAUGCUUUCCGCGUUAAGAUUAUUAGACACUAUUUCUAGGGUGAAGUAUGUUCCAGAAAUGUCUGAAAUGGUAGAUACUGUUGUUAGACUUAUCAAAAGUGGUAAUGAUUUAUCUCUUGCUGCAGCUUCUGUUGCAAUUGAUAUGUGUAAGUAUCCUAAGUGCGCGAAACUAUUCAAGGCUAAACGCUUGAAUGAAUUCUUCAAGCAAUCAAUAGAGAAUCCAAAAAUGAAACAAUAUGCUGAUAGAUUUUUGCAAGUGUUAAGUAGAGUUGAACGUGCGAUGUAA